GUCCCGUCGCCGUCUCUCUCUCUCUCUCUCGGCGAGCACUUCGGGCGCAAGCUCAAGCUCGUGGGUCGGGGGCGGGUCUGCCAGCCGCCGCUGCAGUUCGCGCUGAUUGCCGUUCUUCUCGUGCAAUCCGAAGAGUCGCCAUCGCUAGCUCCUCCUCGCCUCGCAUCGCAUCACUUCUUGUGCUCCGGCGAAGAAUGCAGUCCUCGUGCGUGCAUUCGGUGUAGCUAAAAACCUCGGUCGUAUCUGAGUUCGGUCGAAGCUGAGAAGACGUGAAGACGCGAGGUGUUUGAAUAAUUGGAGCUCGAGAGUCGAGACCAUGUCGACGAGCUAGGAGAGCUUGUCUUCUUCACAACUUUCCGCGAAUUGGAAUCCUCCUCAACGAGCUUUGGGGGCUGAUUCUAACGGCAUCUUACUUGCGCUAGUUGACGAGUGGAAGCUCUUUGGUGAAAUGGCUCGAGCAAGCGAAUUGCAUAAGGUGGUAAAUCGGGGGAGUUGCAACAGAAUCAUGAGUCUCCAUGUGUGUACCUGGGUCUUAUCGGGUUUAGUUUCGAAUGCAAUGUGUAGAGAGCACAAACGAUAGAUUUUAUGACGGUAUCCUUCUUGAGCUAAAAAGAUGUAGCUUCCUGCUACAUCUCACACGACACGUCUCAUUUGAGUGUUCAAAUCUUUAGUGACUGAAUCGAAUACUAAAGUUAAUUUGACUUCAAUAGAGACUAGUUUGCGGGAGAAACUGUGCCAGUUAGCAGGAGGGUGUGAUGAGUGCUUUACCUGGUCCAGGAUCCACACCCCCUCCUCCACUGCCUAUUUCUAGGCUCGCGUUACCUGCCUAUCCCUCUUGAGCUAUUCGUUUCUGUAAUUUUUUUCGAAAAUACAUGCUCCUUGGUCUCCAAGAUCGAGAAGAAAUUAUCCGAGAGCACAAGAAGUGCCGGAGUUUUCGAGAAAAGAUUAACAGUUCCGGGGGUAUUUUAGACACCCGGGUAGGUGGUGCACUUCUGCGUUUCGGUAGAACGUGAAUUCUGUGUGGAUCGCCGGAAUAUAGGAGAAUCACUUCAUGUACUUUUUUAUUACAGAAGAUUUUGA